AUGAACCGUAAAAGUAGAGAAAAAUACAGGAGCCCGACUCCUCCACGACGAAGUCGUCGAUCACGAGGUGAUCGUGAUGAUUUCACGACCGGUUUCGCUACACAUAUAGUUCCAAAAAAUAUAUCAACAGUCGAUUCUCAAAAGAAGCUUUCAUUGAUAUCUCAGAAAGUAUCUGUACCUUCAACAUCAACAGCUGAUCAGUCUGUUGGUGUUGAAUCAAAUAAAAAAUCACCAAAAAAUUUAAUAACGAAUAAUGGAACUCUUAUGACUGAUGCAAACAAGGAAACUUUGACAAUAGAUAAACAGUUAAUGACUGAAUCGGUUUCUAAUAAGCAACAAUUACCCUCAGAUUCUCUACAAUCAAAUGAUUCAACAACAUUGAAAUCCACACAGUCAUUAAUUCCGUCUAAACCACAGCCAGUCACCAAUUCUCAAUCUGUUGAUCCCAAGGUAUCAGAACGUCAACAGUUGUCUACUAACUCUCAACAAUCAUCAGGUUCAUUAUUCGUUCAAACUCGUAAAUACUCUAAAAAUAAAAAUGCAAUACAUAUUUCCACAAAUGGAGCACAUUUCUCAGGUACACAUCGAAAUCAUAAGAAAAGAUUUGUCAAAAAUAAUUUAUAUCUUAGAGUGAAAAAUUUAGAGUCUAUGAUAAAACAAAACGGAAGAACAUCUCCACAAGUUAGUCGUUCAGGACAGAGAUGUGUACCAAAUGUUACCACGGAUGCUGUUUCAAGUUCAACAUCGGUUCAAUCGACUGAUCCAAAAACUAAUACUUUAACCUUCAUGAGUGAAACAACUCCCACUUCACAAUUUCCUCUAAUGAUAACAUCUAUGGUACCAAUAAUGCAACCGUGCACUGCUCAACCGAUCCAGCCUGUAAUUCAUUCACCAAUGUUGUCGAUCAUGAAUCCAAUGACAAAUAUGGCUUCUUUUAUUCAUCCGAUGAGUCCAACAUCAUCAAUGACUCCGACAAUUAACCCUAUAAUGGCAGCUGUACCAUCUAUGAUGGGACCGAUGGGACCAAUCGUACAAAGCGGACAACCGAUACGUCGUUUUAUCCAACGUCGCAGUUACGCAUCAUUUUUUCAAGACCCAUAUUAUCACUACUUCAUGUAAAAGAGAAAAAUAUUCCUACUUAUUUCGUUUACUUAGUAGUUUA